CUCCUCCUUCUCCUUCUCCGUCUUCUGUUGAGCAAAAGCUCUUUACAUGAACUUUUUCCUGAACUUGUUUCACUUUUGCUCCAGUGUUCACCGUGAAUAAGAGCCCCGAAGCGGCCGUGGCUCCGUUCCGCCCUCUGGGAGACGCUGAAGCGCGGCGGUGGCGGCGGCGGCGCUCCGGCGUGAAUUCCAACACGUUUCCGAGUGGGGAAAACAAACGGCGUGAAUAGAGGAAGGGUGGAGAGAAGGAGGAGGCUGGGAAGGAAGGAGAGCAGCAGGGACGAGUGUUUCCUUCUGUAGAAGGAAGGGGGCGAACCGAAGAAAGUUGCUGAAGGAACACUGCGGGGGAUCUGACAACAGCUGGAUGAGGAAGGAGAUCGAGGGCUGAGCUCAUUUUGUGACACCCGCAUCCCUCCCCCUUGUCUCCUGGCCUUCAGCAGUUCUCAUGAUGGAGCAAGGAGUGGAGGGAGAGAAGGAGCGACAGAGAGAGCGAGGAGAGGAGAAGGAGAGUGAUGAAGCAGAGGACCUUGGGAAGGCUAUAGAAGGAGCAGCCCUUGUGUGGCAAGAAAGGGGUACCGAUGAUGACCUGGGCCUACCCAUCAUGCACUGGGAGGCCCUUAGUUUGCGAAUUGCUGAGCUGGAGAAACAGGAGGAGGAAAGGAGAGAAAGAUCCAAGUGUACUAGUGUCCUGGAGCAAGAUGGUGUGUCUGGGGUCUGGAGGGAUUCAAGUCGAAGAGACGUAUGGGAUGACAGCGAGGACGAAUGCAACAGCCGUGUCAUUGCUCUCACCUCAAGGCUCCAAAACCAGAUGAAUCUUCAGCUCUGCUUUAUCAACAACAGUGAGAGUGAAGAUGAAGAUGAUGAAGACACUGCGCAGCCGCCCCCCCAAGCUAGGAACCCAUCCCCAACCCCAGUGACUACAGGUGGCAGCAGGUCAACCGGCUUCAAGCUGGAAGUGAGGGCUGCACUGACCGCUCUCCGAGACAAGCUGCGGACUGAGCAGAAGGAACAGUGUGUACCGUGCUCUGAUACUGUGACGAAAAGGAAGAAGUUGGAGCGCAGUGACCUCCAGGCUCUCAGUCUGAAGCAACUGGAUGCACUGAGGGUCUCUCUCACCCAGAGUGUUCAUGAUCUGAGCUCAGAACUGGUACGCCGACUCUUGACCAGAGACCAGCUGCGGACAGAGCAGGAUGCUAUGCUCCUAGAGGUGCAGGAUAUGACAUUGUGAUGUGACCAUUUGAACUGCAAAGAAGCCACACGUCUCUACUGGAUGAUAUCACUUUUUGGACACUCCUGCCAAAAUGGCUGGGAAUAAAAGCUGCAGUGUGUUGCCCAACAUCAAAUUGGCAGGCAUGGACAUUUUUAAGGGAAGUUUUCUUUCUGCUUUUAUGAUGGUGUUCAGUAUUGAAUUUUCAGUAUUUUCAACUUUGUAUGCUGCUUUUGAUGCCCAAGGAACUAUAUGGCUUCCAAGCCAUCGUUGUGGUGGUAACAAUAAUGUGGAAUGAUCCUUACGCAACUGUUGUAUUCCCUGUGCUUCUCUCUGUUUGCUAAGGAGCUCAUUGUAGCCAUAUGUUUGUGGAGGUACUCGUGGGGCUGUCUCACUGCACUGGCCUGACUUUGUUGGCCUCUGUUUGUCAAGCCCCAGAAAUUUUUCU